GAUUAAUGAGCAGUUAAUGUAUUAAUUGAAUAGGAGGAACCCGAAAAGCAAUGGCAGAAACCCAUUAAAAGUGGUACUACUACUAGUAACGCGUGUUUGACCUUUUGGCUCCGUUUUCACUUUUUGUUUCGAGCAUUGUGAUAUGUGGUGACAGAAAGAAAAGAAAAACAAUGAAUGACUUUUUGAUUUGGUUUUGGUAUUGGAGGGAAAAUCAUAGGAACAGAACAGAGAUGACAUAAAAGUCUCAUUUUCACAUGUAUGUAGUGUUAGUCUUUAGACAAAAGAAAAGGACAACCUCAACUCAACUCAAGCUGCUGCCAUACCUAUUCUUGGUACCGCUACACUGUUCCUUCCUCUCUUUCUUUUGGAUUGGAAACUAUGAAGCUUCAAAAAUGGCUCACUAGUUUGUUCUUGCUCACUCUUGCCACUAUAAACAAUGUAUUAGGUGCAUUUGUGGGGGUAAACAUUGGCACUCAUGUUACUGAUCUACCAUCAGCUUCAAAUAUAGUUGCUAUUCUAAAAUCUCAUCAAAUUACUCAUGUGCGUCUCUAUGAUGCUAAUGCUCACAUGCUACAAGCCCUAUCAAACACCGGCAUUGAACUCCUUGUUGGUGUCACCGACGAAGAGAUAUUAAGAAUUGGAGAAUCUCCAUCAGUGGCUGCAACAUGGAUUAGCAAAAACGUAGCUGCUUACAUGCCUCACACAAAUAUCACAACAAUAGCCGUUGGCAGUGAGGUUCUUACUUCAAUCCCAAAUGUUGCUCGUGUUCUUGUUCCUGCCAUGAAUCAUCUUCACAGUGCCUUGGUUGCUUCAAACCUUCAUUUCCGUGUUAAAAUUUCGACGCCUCAGUCCAUGGAUUUAAUCCCUAAGCCUUUUCCUCCUUCUACAGCCACUUUUAACUCAUCAUGGAACUCAACAAUUCACCAAAUCCUCCAGUUUUUGAAGAACACAAACUCUUCUUAUAUGUUAAAUGCUCACCCUUAUUAUGGAUAUACUAAAGGAGAUGGCAUUUUCCCAAUUGAAUAUGCUUUACUUCGAUCCCUUCCUUCGACAAAGAAAAUUGUUGAUCCGAAUACAUUGUUCCGUUAUGACAGUAUGUUUGAUGCUAUGGUGGAUGCUACCUAUUAUUCUAUACAAGCAUUAAAUUUCAAUGAUAUACGGAUCAUUGUCACAGAAACUGGCUGGCCACAUUUAGGUGGAUCCAACGAACCGGAUGCUAGUUUAGAAAAUGCUGAGACCUACAAUAAUAAUUUGAUUAGGAGAGUACUUAAUGAUUCAGGUCCUCCUAGUCAACCAAAGAUGGCUAUUAAUACCUAUAUAUAUGAAUUGUUUGAUGAAGAUAAGAGAACAGGACCUAUAUCUGAAAGACAUUGGGGACUUUUUUAUACUACUAAUGGCAGUAGUGUUUACCCUUUGAGUUUUAGUUCUUCUAACAAGGUUUUCGGAAAUUCUUCUAAGUCUUUUUGCGUGGCUAAAGACGGUGCGGACGCUGAAAAGAUGGAAGCUGGUUUGGAUUGGGCUUGUGGACAAGGCCGGGCAAACUGUGCAGCUAUUCAAGCAGGGAGACCUUGCUAUUUCCCCAAUGAUGUGAAAAGUCAUGCCUCUUAUGCUUAUAAUGAUUAUUAUCAAAAAAUGAAUAGUGUUGGAGGAACAUGUGACUUUGAUGAUACGGCUAUGAUAACUACCGAGGAUCCAAGUCAUGGAUCAUGCAUAUAUGCAGGAAGUUCUAACUUGAGCACUGGCGGUGAUGGGAGCUUUUCUUCUAUUGCAUUUGGACCUGUAAGUCCUAAUAUUGGUGCUGGAUUGAAGUUGCAACUGACUAGCCUUCACUAUGCAUUCUCUUCUACUAGUCUACUUUUGGCUUUGAUGUUGUAAUGACCAGAAAAAUGAUGCCUUUUUAGCUUGCAAUUGCAAUUCAAUGGUCAUUGGAUUUGUAUUCCAUAUUGUAUGGUGUAUUUGGGGUCAAUGUAAUUUACACUCUCACUGUAGGUGUAGGUACUUGCAGAAACUUGGUGCUUUAGAACUUAGUACUAGAAGACACCAAACGAGGUAUCACACUUUUGCUUAUCUUUUUGA